AUGGUUUCUAAUAUUAUUAAGGCAGUUGAAGAAAAUAUUAAAGAUUCUGAUGUAGAAUUAAUAGUCAAUGCAUCUGAUAUCACCCCGGAUGAUACUGAACAAGAACCUUAUAGAACUAUACCUAAAAAAUUAAGAGAUUAUGGAAGUAAACACGCUUCCAGAAUUCAUGAUGGUAAGAAUCCAACUCCUCAACAUCUUAAACUGCUUUCGAGAAUCGCAUUAAGGCAAGAAUCUGACCAUCUUGAUGCAGGUGAUAAUUAUGCUAUGGGUGAUACUGAGUUAGAAGACGAUGUCUCAGACUAUGGAAAUGGAUUCAAUGUUAGCUGA